AGGAUAUAUAAAAUACGGGUAGCGUGCUACCCGGCAGUCAUCAGCCUGCCACCGGGUAGAUCAGCAAAGCAAGAACACAGCCCCGCCAUCGUCCACAGCUCCGCCAUCAUGCAUCUGAAACUGUUGUUCCUAGCGCUGGUGGUGCUGGCCACUGCCCAGGGACUGGCUAUCAAGAAGAAGGCCGAGGGUGGACAAGCGGCUGCUGCUAAAAGUGUGAAACGAGAGGAAUCUGAAGUUGUCGAGGUUGAAAAACCUGAUGAUUCUAAAGACUCUGAUGAAACUGAGGAAUCCAGUGAAAGUAACAGCAAAGAAGAGGAGGCCUCCAAUGACAGCAAGGACUCCGAUGAAAGUAAAGAUGACGACGACUCCAAUGACAAUAAAGACUCCGGUGAGAGUAAAGAUGAUGACGACUCCAAUGACAGUAAAGACUCAGGUGAGAGUAAGGAUGAUGACGACUCCAAUGACAGUAAAGACUCCGGUGAGAGUAAAGAUGAUGACGACUCCAAUGACAAUAAAGACUCAGGUGAGAGUAAGGAUGAUGACGACUCCAAUGACAGUAAAGACUCCGGGAGAGUGAGAGACGACUCAAUGAUGAUGACGACUCCAAUGACAGUAAAGACUCCGGUUUGGAUCGUUCCCAAGGACUUCAGUUGCCAGUUUUGUUUGCCAGGCCUUUAUGCUGUAGCAGUGGGCGAGGCGCUGCAGGAUGCCCUGGGCCAGGCUGCCAUGGCCGUCAGCAAGAAUGUUCAAACUUCUAUGUGGCUGCUCUACCGUGUUAUCACCAGCUCAAGUUCCAUAGGAUUCAAAGAAGAUGCGAUUUGUUCUUCUUUUAGCAAUCUGGAACUUAAGGGAGGAGAGUUUGCCGACGCAGCUCAGGGCAUCACGGUCCCCGAGGAACUGUCCAAGGCAUUUAUCAAUGAUGUGGGCUGCCUCGCCGGACACAUAAAUGACAUCAAGGAGCUGAACGCCGAAAUUGAUAAUGGUAAUAGUCAGUCAAGUUCCUUUUUUCCCCUCGGGUGCACAGGCGUGAGAGGGAUAUAUAAAAUACGGGUAGCGUGCUACCCGACAGAUCCCAGCCUGCCACCGGGUAGAUCAGCAAAGCAAGAACACAGCCCCGCCGUCGUCCACAGCUCCGCCAUCAUGCAUCUGAAACUGUUGUUCCUAGCGCUGGUGGUGCUGGCCACUGCUCAUGGACUGGCUAUCAAGAAGAAGGCCGAGGGUGGACAAGCGGCUGCUGCUAAAAGUGUGAAACGAGAGGAAUCUGAAGUUGAGGUUGAAAACACUGGUGAUUCUAAAGACUCCGAUGAAACUGAUGACUCCGACGAAAGUGAGCAAUCCAGUGAAAGUAACAGCAAAGAAGAAGAGGCCUCCAAUGACAGCAACGACUCCGAUCAUAGUAAGGAUGAUGACGACUCAAGUGACAGCAACGACUCCGAUGAUAGCUAAGGAUGAUGAUGACUCAGUGACAGCAAGGACUCCGAUGAUAGCAAGGAUGAUGACGACUCCAGUGACAGCAAGGACUCCGAUGAUAGCAAGGAUGAUGACGACUCCAGUGACAGCAAGGACUCCGAUGAUAGCAAGGAUGAUGACGACUCCAGUGACAGCAAGGGAUCCAGUGAAAGUAAAGACAGCGGCGACGAGUCCGUUUCUACAGAAGGUGACGAGAAUGCAAAGCGCGCUCUGGCGAGACUGCUGCGUACCUUGCAGAACAACCCAGACCUGCUGAGCCGCCGAUCUCCAAAGUGAUCUUCAUUAUACAAUACCAUAACAGUAUCCACACACCAAGCUUUAGAAAAUAGAGUUUAUGUGGUUUAUUAACAUACAGUGAAUCCAUAGGUUUUCUAACUUUACAGCACAGUCACAUUUUAAACUGUACUCCAUUUUUUUUCAACCACAACAGCUGGAAAAAAGUUAUUUUUUGAAUAAUAUUUUUCAAUAUUUUAGCUUUUUUGUUUCAGGGACCAAGUUUGGAUCUCAUAAGCUUAUAAGAUAAUCUAUAUCAGUGGAACCUUGAUUAUCCGAUCUUUAAUAAACCAUACAUUAGGUUUUCCGAGAUCGCCUCAACAACAUCAACAACAACGACGACAACAGAAGAAAACAAACAAAGCUGUUGGCCAUCGCAAGACCAACAAAAUUUUACCUCUAAGAAUUUCAACUACAGGAAUGUAUACUAAGUGUAUCACCGCUUAAGUUUUCUUUGUCGAUGGGCUUCUGAGAAUUAUUCUAAAAGUAUAGAAAGUAUAGCAUCUGUGCACCAUCCAUGCUGGGAAAAACUAUUAGACUUAAUCCUAUGCAGAGGACUCGUUCCCAACAGUCUCCCUCUCCUUUUUUAAAAUUCCGACGACUGCCAUUCGUCAACAAGUUUUAACAUUUGUCUUCUGCUUCUGCACUUUUCUUGGAACAGAUUGUGUAUGGGUCGCACCAUCCGUGUAGGCGACUUCAGUCAGUUGGUGACCACACCUCGAACUUAGAAAUGUCGAGGUCCGGUUCAAGAGUGAAAAGAAAAAAAAAAGAGUUGUUUUGUCAAUUCAAAAUUGUUGAACGUGUAAAAAAAGGAAGAACUAAUUGUUAAACUGUCAUUGGAAUUCAACAUCGGAAAUCAAACAGCGCGUGAUAUCGCACCUAUUGUUGCAGAUGCGAAUUUUUAGAAUCAUUGUCGAUUAUCCGGAUGACAGUUGUCGGUCAUUAAACCGGAUAAUUCGAAUUAUUGAGGUUCCACUGUCUAUAUAUAUAUAUCCAUGUUAUCAUCCUUUGCCAUUUUGUAAAAAUUAUUAUGUGUGUUUGCACAUCUGCUUUGUAUUUGAUAGUAGAAGUUAUAUAAGACUUGUUCUGGAAUUGUCAUACACCAAUACAUCACUGCUGGAUCUGUUUUCAAAGUUUUGUUUUCAGUUGAAAUAACCUUUGCAUCAGCACUCUAUAAUCGUUAAUAAACUGGCAAAAGAAACAAUAACAAAAAAAUAUACAAACAAAAAACAAUUAAAAAUAAAAAAUCCAAACAAAAGAAUGCGCUUAAUAUAUAUGUUUUGCACAAUCUGUUGUACUCAAAUGUAGAAGUUAUACAUUUGUUCUGGAGCUGUCAUAGACUAAUACAUCGCUGCUUCUUCUGUUUUCAAAGUUUUGUUUUUCAGUUAACAAAUAACCUUUGUAUCAGCACUUUAUAAAGGUAUUAACAAUCAAAAGUAAAGCGUCUGUUGGUACUACUUA